AUGAAGCUGCCGCCGCCCCCGAUGUUCGAUACCCUCUGCACCCUCCCCCUCUCGCACGAGCUCUUCGCCCAAGCCGUUCAUCCUACCGCUCCCAUCGUUGCCGUUGGUCUUAGCAGCGGUCAUGUCGCGACUCUACAGCUCCCACCCGUUGACUCCGAUUCGGUAACGCCGUCCACGACCUCCUCUUCUGGCCGUCGUGGAAGCUCUGGCACCGAUAUUGUCGACACUGCAUGGCGGACCCGUCGACACAAAGGCAGCUGUCGCUGUCUAGCAUAUAGCUUGGACGGUCGACAGUUGUACUCCGCCGGUACAGAUGGUUUUGUGAAAGCAGCAGAUGCGGAGACAGGGAAGGUCACUGGCAAGCUCGCAAUACCAUCAGACACUUCUACUACCCGCAUUGACGGUCCCACUGUGAUUCACGCCCUAUCACCGCAAACAUUCCUCCUCACGACCGACUCUGGCGCCCUCCACAUCUACGAUCUCCGUGAUCCGGCUCCCAGCCUACCUCUCGACACAUCGAAGACCGCCUUUCUCAGCUCCAAACCCUCCCAGACAUUCCACCCGCAUACCGACUACAUCUCCUCCCUCUCUCCGAUCCCUCCUUCGGCCGCCUCGACAUCUGGCUUCAGCAAGCAAUGGCUUACGACCGGCAGCACGACUCUCGCUCUCACAGACUUACGGCGUGGUGUGCUUGCAAAGUCUGAGGAUCAAGAGGAGAUUCUCCUCUCCUCUCUAUACAUCACAGGACUUCCGACGAAGAAGUCCAGCGGUUCGAGUGGAGAAAAGGCUAUUUGA